AAGGCAGUUGAAUAACGUACAUAAAUAACACAAGACAAAUUUAAGUUUUAUUCAUUAGUUAGACAAUCAGCUGAUGCUCGACCAGCAUUCGUAGUAGUUCUUUUCUUCAAGUGCUGCUAUCUAACAAAGAUAGAAUAGCCAUUGUGCCAAACAGCUGAUUAUUAAAUCAACAUUCUAUGUAACAAAUACAGUAAAAUUAUUUAAGAAACACGUGUAAAUAAUUUUAUCUUAUAAAUUUUGAAAAGUGACUGUAACUUAAGUUUAAGAAACUAAUUUAAUUUAUUGAAAAUAAUGCUACGUUUUCAUAAAUUUUUCACAAAAGGAAAAUGUUCAGUGAUUGGUAUGGUGCAUGUUGGUGCAUUACCUGGUAUAAAAUUUUAUUAAUUUUAAUACAUCAUGACAUACACUAGAAACAAUAUUGUACUUUAUAAAUGUGUUCUAAGUAUUGAAGUAUUAACCUAUUAAAGUAAUAUAUACUAUUUAGUUCUAUAAAGAACUGUGUUAAAAAAGAAUUUAUUGACUACUGGUUUUAUCACUAUUGGUUUUGAAAUGCCAAUACAUGGUUUAUCUCUACCUCUGAUAUAGAGAAAGUAUCUACUGUAAAUAACAUUCAUGAAAACAGCAUAUUUUUCACAUGUUUAAUCAAUGAAAUAACCAUAUGUUAAAGGAGUUUCUCACUUACAAUGUUCAUUGUCUCAAGAACUCCUUUAUACAAUCAUAAUGUGAAGCAGAUUAUAAAUGAUGCAGUCAGAGAUGCCACAAUUUAUAAAAACUGUAGUGUUGAUGGUAUCUUAGUGGAAAAUAUGCAUGACAUUCCAUACGUAAAAGCUAAAAAUUUAACUCCUGAAACUACUGCAAUGAUGACCAGAGUUUGUACAGAAAUUAAAAAAAUAGUACCUGACAAUAUACCAUGUGGUGUACAGAUUCUAGCAGGGUGUAACAAGGAAGCAAUUGCUGUGGCCAAAGCUGCAGAUUUUCAGUUCAUCAGGGCAGAGGGCUUUGUCUUUUCACAUAUUGCAGAUGAGGGUUUCAUAGAUGCUUGUGCCGGUACUUUGUUACGGUAUAGAAAACAGAUAGAUGCAGAAGAUAUUCUAGUUUUCACUGAUAUUAAAAAGAAACAUAGUUCACACACAGUCACUUCAGAUGUCAGCUUAUCAGCGACAGCGAAAGCAGCAGAAUUUUUCUUAGCUGACGGAAUAAUACUGACAGGAACUGCAACUGGCGAUCCAGCCAGUGCAACAGAGCUUUCAGAACUUAAAAAAGUGGCAAAGGGCCCUGUACUUGUUGGUUCUGGUGUCACAAUAAACAAUAUAAACAAUUAUGCGUCCUCUGAUGCAAUAAUCAUAGGAUCCCACUUCAAGGUCAAUGGAAUCUGGAGCAAUACAGUCGACGAAAACAAGGUUAACGAUUUCAUGUUGAAAAUGAGACGGAUAUCGCCGAACUGAAUUAAAAAAAAAAUAUUUAUUUCAUUCAAAAUAUGUACAAAAAAUACUAUAUUUUUAUAUCACUUUUAUCAUUACUAUAUUCUUAAUAUAUAACUGCAACUAA